CAGGCCACUUUCUCUUCGCAGCGUUAGCGGCUAAUCUGCUAGCAGUUCAACUGAAGGGGGAACACAACAAACAGGAAUUGGUGACUCAGCGCGUGCUUGUUUCAGUCCGCCACCGGUGCCCCGGUGCAGUGAGAGAGUAAGGCGGCCCGCAUUGUGGAGGGAGGGACCUGUGGUGGAGCCACGUGUACAGGAACUGACAGUCCGAGAGCCACUGCAGAUCCCCGGUGGAGUCCCUGUCACAGCCCGACGUUAGCUAACCUGUGUGACACAGCUGAUCUGCCGCAGACCACCUCCUCCGACCAGACGUCCCUUCCCUUCAGUGAGACGUUUACAGACAGGUCCAGUACCAGCCAUGGCUGUUUGGAGGAAUAUGUGGUCCAGAAACCUCCUGACUUUCUGCGUCUGCGUUUUCCUGCUGCUCCAUGCGAUAAACGCACGCCCAGCCAACAUGUCCGCCUCCAAAGAUAAGGUUCCUGUCAGCAAGGACAAAGACGAAAAUGAGAUUCUGCCUCCGGACCACCUGAACGGGCUGAAAAUGGAGCGGGAUGGUCACCUCAACAAGGACUUCCAUCAGGAGGUCUUCCUGGGAAAAGACAUGGAAGAGUUUGAUGAAGACUCUGAGCCAAGGAGGAACAGGAAGAAGCUUAUCGAGAUCUUUACCAAAGUUGAUGCCAACAAAGACCGGAGUGUCAGCGCCAAGGAGAUGCAGCGCUGGAUCAUGGAGAAGACCGAGGAGCACUUCCUGGAAGCCCAGACGGAGAACAAGAACAGUUUCCGUGCCGUGGAUCCGGACGGCGACGGUCAUGUGACCUGGGACGAGUACCGAGUGAAGUUUCUGGCCAGCAAAGGCUUCAACGAGAAAGAGGUGGCAGAGAAGAUAAAGAAAAACGAAGAUCUGAAACUGGACGAGGAAACUCAGGAGGUGCUGGAGAGCCUGAAGGACCGCUGGUUCCAGGCGGACAACCACCCCACGGAUCAGCUGCUGAACGAGCAGGAGUUCCUGUCCUUCCUCCACCCCGAGCACAGCAGAGGAAUGCUGCAGUACAUGGUCAAGGAGAUCGUGCGAGACCUCGACCAGGACGGCGAUAAGAAGCUGACUGUGUCGGAGUUCAUCUCCUUGCCUUUCGGCACCGUGGAGAACCAGCACGCUCAGGACGUGGACGACGACUGGGUGAAGGAGAGGAAGAAGGAGUUUGAAGAGGUCAUCGACGCCAACCGCGACGGCAUCGUCACCAUGGCAGAGCUGGAGGAGUACAUGGACCCCAUGAACGAGCACAACGCUCUGAACGAGGCCAAGCAGAUGAUCGCCGUCGCAGACGAGAACCAGAACCGCCACCUGGAGCUGGAGGAGAUUCUGCGCUACAGCGAGUACUUCACCGGCAGCAAGCUGAUGGACUACGCCCGGAACGUGCACGAGGAGUUCUGAGGGCCCGCCUCCUCCAUCCUCACACUUCAGGGACAAAAACAGGACAGGAGGAGCGCACCCUGCUGGUGUGCACUUUUUCACUGCUAACUCCAGAUAUUGGACUUCCCCCAAACAUCAAAGCCAAUUCAGUCUGCAUGUGUGUGAGUCUCUGGUUUAUUUAUGUUGUGGAAUAAUCACACAUUAUCGAGCCCCGAUCACUUUGUAUAUAAUCCAAUUUCUUGCUGAGUCAUUCACAGACGAGCUGAGUAAUGUAACUGUCCCCAUGGAGACCACGUCCUGAAAGCAUUCAUGCCCCGUCUGUCACCUGGAGCUCAUGUUGUUGCACUAAAGAUCACGUGUAGACAUAAAACACUCAUAUUUGCAUCAUCUAGAGGAAAAAGCCAGCAGAUAUUUGUAUCUCUGUCAUGUGAGGCGAGAUCCAGCCUUUGAGUUCUCCAUCGUCCUCCCUCCUGGAGGAACAUCCAUAUAUUUAUUCUCCUGCAGACUCCUCAACACCUCCCUGUGCUCCUCCAACGUACGGACAGUCAGACAUUCCUGCACUUCUCUUUCCUGUGGAGUUUUUUUUUUUUUUUGGUCGACUCGGUCUAAUUGUAAAAUAAGAUUUGUUACUGAAUGUGACAGCUUUAUAAAAAUGUUCUAAAAUUAUAUUAAAAUAUCAAUAAAGUCAAUCUUUUGCCGUU